AUGGAUAUUUCCCAGACUGUAACCAAUAGCUCAAGACUUCACAUGUCUACAUUCAUUCUGAUGGGGCUUGCAGGCAUUCACAAGUGGCAGCACUGGCUCUCCCUGACCCUGGCUCUGAUCUAUCUCAUAGCUCUUGGUGCUAAUAUCUUCAUCAUGAUCACCAUUCACCAUAAGCUUAAACUGCACCAGCCCAUGUAUCAAUUCCUUAGUAGCCUUGCUGUAGUGGACAUUGGCUUUGCUACUACCAUCAUGCUCAAGAUUCUGGCCAUCGCCUGGUUUGAUGCUAAGGCCAUCAGCCUCUCUGAGUGCUUUUCUCAAAUCUAUGCUGUUCACUGUUUUAUAUGCAUGGAGUCAGGCAUCUUCUUCUGUAUGGCUGCAGAUAGAUAUGUAGCCAUCUGCCACUCAUGUAAAUACUCCAUAGUUACUGAGGCUUUUGUGGUCAAAGCUAUCAUAUUCAUAGUGUUUAGGAAUGUCCUGUUGACCAUCCCCACUGUAGUGGCUUCCCAGAGACACUAUUGCUCCAAGAAUGAAAUUGAGCAUUGUAUGUGCUCUAACCUGGGAGUCACUGGCUUGACCUGUGAUGAUGCCACCAUUAAUAGAUUUUAUCAGUUGGCUUUGGCCUGGGUCGUUGGUGGAAAUUACAUGGCUCUACUCUUCAGUUCCUAUGUUCUUAUUUUUCGUUCUGUGAUGAGGCUGAACUCUGCUGAGACAAUAAUCAAGGCUCUGAGCACCUGCAGUUCCCAUCUCAUCCUCAUCUUUUUCUUCUACACAACCACUGUUGUAGUGUUGAUAGCUCACCUGGCAAGAAAAGCAGUUCCCAUCUUCCCAGUUUUCCUUAAUGUACUUAACAUUAUCAUCCCAGCCCUUAACCCCAUGAUAUAUGCUCUUAGGGCCCAGGAGCUCAGAGUAGGCUUCCAGAGGAUGCCUGAGUUAGAUAAGAAUGUGUCCUAG